AUGCAUCAAAAAAAUUUAAAAGAUUCUAAUUUAUCAAAAGAUCCAAUUCAUUCACGAUUAAUCGGUGAAAAUUCUAAGAAAUUUCAAACGAUUGAACAAGAUAUUACUAUCGAUAAUGAAAACACUCAGAUUUUAAUUGAUACGGAUAAUGACGAGGAAUUCACUUCAAGUGGUGUUAGUGAAGACGAAGAAGAAGACGGAGAGGAAGAAGAAGAAGAUGAAAAUAUGUUAACGGAAAAUAGUAUUGAAGAAGCUAAUCUUCUUCAACCAUUAAAUCAAUGUACACAUCAAAAUAAUCUAUCAAAUACAAAUCAAAAUAUUCAUAUAAAAGAAACAAUUCAAAUAAAUAAUGAUCAUAUCAUUGCCCAAACAAUGGCUAUUUUGGCUUCUAAACAUCGACAUGAGAGAUCUACUAAUUCUCCGCCAACUGAAAAUGAAAUUCUUCUUUUUAUUGGUCCAUGUCCAUUAUAUUCUCUAGCUUCUUCAUUUGGUCUUGAUAUGCAUCAUGGUCUAACACAUUUUCCAUGUCGUGAUGUAUUAGCUAAUGGUGGUGGACAUCUAUCUGCUCGACCAUUAUGGCAACAUUUAACAUCAUUACAUAAUUUAAAUCUUUCAUCAUCAUGUCUUCUUAUAUCUCAUCUUAUUCUUCAUGGUUAUUCAAUUCCAACUCCAAUAAUAUUCAAUUCUAAUCAUACAAAUAAUAUUCUUCGUACAACACCACGUUAUUCAUUAUAUAAAAUAUGUCCUUUAACUAAAUAUGGUGUUUAUGGUAUUCAAUUUGAACAUGGUACACGUUUAUGUGGUGGGUAUACAUGUAAUACAAAUAUUUAUUCACAUUUAAUAUCAUUUCAUAAAAUGACACAUGAUGCAUCAUUACGUUUAUCACGUGCUAUUGCAUUUAAUGAUGAACGUUUUCAAUUUGAAUUCAAUGAAAUUAUUGUUAAUGAAUAUAUAAAUACUUCUCUAAUGAAAUCAUCACGACAAUUAAGAAAACAAUCUCGAUUAAUAAGCGAUGGUUGUGAUUUAAUGAAAAAAAAAUCUAUUAAGAAAAACCCGGUGAAAAAAAUUUAG